CGCAAGUCUCACCGCGACAUGUGGUUGAGACUUUCUCAAAUCAACGCUCCGGUUUAAGCCUCACUUCGCUACCACGCAGUUUAAAUCGCCAGCCCGUUUGGAGCUCAAGACCAAGUUUUGGGGGCAUAAAACCGGUCAGUGUGGCGCGUUCCACGUGGUGAACGGGACGGCCCGGGGCUGGAUAUGACUGGAGCUGGAAGUGGUGACCAGGGUCCUCCUGAUGGGACAGAUGUUGAGGAGGCUGAAAGAUGUCCGAUUUGUUUGGGCAUUCUGGGGAGUGCUGAGCUCGCCAUACCUGAUAGCUGCCGCCAUGUUUUCUGCCUCAGAUGUUUGGUCACCUGGGCUGAGUUACAGUUGGUUCCCUCCUGCCCAGUGGAUAGACAACCUUUCACCAAUGUUUACAGAUGGGAUGGUGACCUUGGCUGUGUCCAGGUUCCUGUGACAAAGCGAGUGUCAGAAUCAGAUGGAGACUCUUGCUUCUGUAAAAAGGCUAAACAAAAAGUUUGUCUCAAACAAAAACCUGGAAGACCACAAUGUCAAAAGUCAAAGGCGUCAUUUUGUCCCAAAACAAAAGGCCUUGUUAGAAAAUGCAAUGAGGAAGACCCCACGCCACUCAGCAGAAAAAGGGUGAGAGGGUCCGAAUGCUGCACAUGGUUUCCACUUGCUUCCUUAACGGCCACACAGGAAGUUUUUGAGCCUGUUUGGGUACCAGAAGAUGUGUCGUAUGAUUCUGGUUUACAGUUGUGCAAACCAAUCCCUCAAGAAUGUCCCUGGCUGUCACUGGCUCCCCCCAUCACUACCAGUGGCCCAUUCAGGUCACACUUUCAUCCUGCUCAUCAACAUCAUAGCUCAUUUAGUUUUGGACUCUCUACCUCCAGGCCCUUGUUUGCAUCCAGGCGUUUUGCGUUCCAGGGUGUCAUCUGCGCCAUCACUUGUCCAAAGGGUGGAGAGAAAAGAGGAGGUAGAGCCUCAAACACCAAAGCUGCCCCCAAAAAGAAAGAGUCUGUUCCUGCUAGACGAUCUGGGCGCAACAGUAAAUCCCAGGAAGAGCCUCCUACCACGGAACCCUCAUCUCCGUCGCAGCACAGUGCGUCAGACUCAGACUCUUCAAACAGUCAGCCAAGCAAGUCAGGCCGAGCUGGGCCGGUGCCAGCUAAGAGGAAGGGCAAACGGGUGACUAACAGAAAGGCCAGCGGGAAAAGGAAAGCACCCCUCAAAAAGAAAAACAGCUCCCCUGAAAUAGUUGAAAGUCCCGAAGCCAGCGACGACCAUGAGACCACAGAGAAUGACGAGGAGGUCAACACGGAGAAUGAUGAUGAAGAAGAUGAUGACGAUGACGACAACAACAUUGACGCUCAGCUGGAGCUCAGCAACUCUGAGCCGAAGCCGCUGUCAGACUCAGAAGAAAGUAUUGACGCAGAUCAGGAGGUGUCACUCUCAACUGGGGAGCGGAAAAUUGCUGAGUCCCCUAGUAAUGAUGUGGGAACUGAAGAGGAACCAGCUAACACACUAGAAGAGGACCCUGAUGAAGAUGAAAGGCCAACAUCCUGUGCCUCAGAUUCUCCUCCAUCCAGGCCAAGUUCAUGCUCAGAAGGUGCACCAAGCGAUGAAGAGGUGGACCCAGACAAACCAGGAUACGCUGAAGAAAAUGUCUCGCAGUCACCCACUGACUCGCCGCGCACCCCUUUAGACCUACUGAAGUCUCCGAACUGUGAGAAGACUAGUGACCAGGAGGAUGCCAUGGAGACCUGUGAACCGCUGGAACACCACUAUGAAGACAAAUCACUGCAAGAGCUCGCACAUGAAUCCUGUGAGACUCCUCCCCAAGCCACUUUCUUGUUUGCAGAACAGCAGUCAGAAGAGACCUCACAACAGGAUGGAAAAGAUGAUGCUCCGACAGAAACACCCACUGAUUCUGAAAAAGAGGCAACUGAAUGUCCGAGAGACAAGGAUGCAAGUCUCUCAGGAGAUGACACUAAUGUUGUCCCGAUGGACUGUAGUUCGCCUACCAGUGACCAUGAAGACAGUGUUCCUCAAGAGCAACUGAUAACUGACCCACCUCCUGCUCCUGGACUGCCAGCCACAGGAGACAAGACCAGUGACCAGCAGGAAAUGGACAAAAGUCACGACACAAAGAAUGGGAAGCCGCGACGUUCCCGAUUCCACUCACCAACCGCCACCUGGUCACCCAAGAGAGAAUCCAGGCGAGAAUCCUCCAGGCGAUCUCGGUCACGAUCAAGGGAGCGUGACAGCAGCCGUUCCUCUCGCGCUCGCAGCCGGGACAGAGAUGCUGACAGAGACUUUUCCAGAAGGGAUCGUAGCCGGGAGCGGAGGAGGCGACGGUCCAGGAGCCGCUCCAGAUCAAGAUCCCGCUCCAGGUCCAGGUCCAGGUCCAGGACGAGAACAUACAGACGUAGCCCUGAGAGAGCAGCCUCCAAAGAGCGGUCUCCUCUGAGGAAGGACUUUCGGGGUGGGUGGAAAUCCAGGCAGGGCAGUGGGAAUGGAGGGGAGAGUCGGAGGCAUCAUGGAGGCGCUGGUCGCUUUGAAAAUGGUGCCCCAAGUGAAACUUCGCCAAAUCGCCAGAGUUGGUCGGAAAAUCCAGACUGGGUCACCGACAAGAGCCGUGGCGAGGGUGAAGGCAGGAACCAGGACUCGGGGCUGAGCAGCAGUUCUCAGUGGGAGGAGCGCGGACACAGGGGGAACUCUCGUGGUCGCGGGAGUCGCGGAGGGUUUGAACGCGGUCGUGGCGCUGGACGUGGUGGCAACCGGGGCUUCUUCAACCAGCAGGAGGAUGCUGGCGACAGCCGCUGGCAGUCCAGGAGCAGCUUCUCAGGUACUGGAAACAAUUCAGGGAACGACUCAUACAGCCGCUUCAACGAGAACAGAGGCGGUGGCGGUCGGAGAAAGGACUCUGAGCACGGGGACUCCAUGCUGGACAGGUCCGGCUGGUCCUCCGCCUCCAGCUGGGCCGUCAGGAGGACUCUACCGGCAGACGUGCGGGAUUAUUACUCCAAGAGGGAGAGAGGUGGCCCAGGAGGGUGGAACCGACAGGAGGAGGAGACGCCAGCCGCCGAUCCUCCCAAAACGGACGCUGCCACUCCAGCCGUCCCUGGAAAUGCUCCGGUGCCAGUGCUGAGUGCCAUGCCUCCCCCGCCUCACCCUCCUGCUCAGAUGAAUGUGGUUCACCACUUUCCUGUGCAGCCACCACGCGGCCCUCUGCCAGUCAGCCUGCAGCCGGCGGCGCCGUACGCUAUGCCCCCCCAGGUUCCUCUGCACCUUCACCCUGCCGUCCCGCUACUGCAGGUGCCUGCAGUUGGAGCCCAGGGGCUGCCUCCUCCACCCCCUCCGCCUCCCCCGAUGCAGCAAGGCAGCCAGACGGUGGCGGCUCAGCUUGAAAGCCACACGACCCAGAUGACUGUGGGUUUUGGGAAGCCCGGGCUGCUACCCACUCCAACCAAAGCAGGCGUGGCCAUGGCCACCCAGAGCCACCAACAGGCCACCCAGCCACUCCCAUCGUCCACCACGCAGCCGCUCCAGCAUAACAAGGCCGACAGCUCUAAGAAGGAGAAGAAACAACAGAUCCAGGAGAAAGCUAUUAAUGAAGUGAAGAUGGCCAUCAAGCCCUACUACCAAAAGAAGGAAAUCUCUAAAGAGGAGUACAAGGAGAUCGUUCGCAAAGCAGUGGAGAAGGUGUGUCACAGCAAGAGCGGCGAGGUGAACUCCGGCAAGGUGGCCAACCUGGUGAAGGCCUACGUGGACAAGUACAAGCGCGCUCGCAAGAAGUGAGCUCUCCCCGUCGCUCAGCUGCUCAAGUGCAAUUCCCUCUGGCUGGAUUUCCAAAACGACGGAGAGCCGACACUUUUCUUUUUGAUAUUGCUUCUUUUUAUCAAAAGGAGUUUUUUUUUCUAUAGAUUUUCCUAUUUUGUUAGAAAAAAAAACAAGACCCAAUGAGGAGAUGUAAAUUAAGGGCCCUUUAUUUUGCAUAGAUCAUGACCUGCAGAGCUACUGUGAGGAGAGCAGGGUCAUGUGGGCGAGAGGUUAUGUCGACGUGAAUAAAUACUGAAGCAAAAAUCUUUAAUCAUGAUUGUGUAGAAUAAAUAUUGCUACUGUUCAUCGUGAAACAGUUUUAGACGAAGCCUCUUUUUAAAAUGGGUAACGCCUUCACUGACGUGCUUGGCCCGAUGAUGGAUUGUAUCCUGACCUCCGCCUUGGAUGAGGAGACUCGGUGGGCCGGGCCUAUCAGGGCUGUGUGCGUGUGUGUGAUGUCUCAUGAGGAAUUGCCCUCCCCCACCCCUCAUCUCACCUGCUUGAAUGUUUAAUAAAUGAGUGAACAUGAACUGUGCAAGAACGCUGGAGAGUAGUGAAAUAAAUUAGCUGCUUCCUA